AUGGCCAAGCUCAACAUUCUCGCCCUCGCGGCCGCCGGCCUUUCUGCCGUCUCAGCCCAGACGUUCCAGCGUCUCGGCUCGUGCCCCGACCUUGGUUGCGUCCUGCCGCCCGACCAGUCCGACUUUCUGCCUGGCCAGUUCUUCGACCUUCGCGUCGAGGUUCACGCUCCCAUCAACGGCUCGGAGGCCUUCAACAAGGGCGUUCCUGACGAAGACUUCUCCGUCACCAUCACCAAGGAGGGCGGCGAGACCAAGUCUCUUGAGGAGUUCUUCAAGAUUGACAAGGAGCCGAAGCUCGAGUCCUGGACCUUCCACUGGUACGAGGACCUCUACGCCGAGGAUGCCAAGGAGAGCUCUGCCGUCAAUGUGGCGUCCAAGGUCUGGCGCCGUAUCGCCAUUUACGAGCCUGGCAACUACGAGGUCAGCCUGAGCUACUAUGGCGACAAGAAGACCACCGCCAACUGGGUCGUGCGACCUCUGGCGACGGAGAAGAAGGCCAAGAACAUCAUCUUCUUCAUCGGUGACGGCAUGACCACGAACAUGAUCACUGCCGCUCGUCUCCUCGGACACAAGAGCAUCAACGGAAAGUACCAGACGAAGCUGGCUCUCGACAGCUUCCCUGUCCUUGGUCACCAGAUGACGCACUCCAUCGACACCUACAUCACCGACUCCGCCAACUCGGCUUCUGCUCUGUACACCGGCCACAAGAGCACCGUCAACGCCAUGGGCGUCUACGCCGAUUCUUCUCCCGAUCCAUUUGACGACCCCAAGGUUGAGACCAUUGUUGAGCUCAGCACGCGUAUUUGGGGCACCAUCUGGGGCGCUGUGUCGACCGCCUUCAUGGCCGAUGCCACCCCCAUCGCCUUGACUGGCCACACCCGUGCUCGCUCGCAGUACGGACCCCUGAUCGAGCAGGCUCUGAACGGUAUCAGCAACUACUCCUGGCCCAGCCACAAGGGCCCCGACGUCUACUUCGGUGGCGGCGCUGAGCAGUUCAUCCCCGGCAGCGGCUCCUACAAGGGCAAGGACUACUACGCCGAGUUUGCCAACCAAGGCUACACUGUUUCGCAGAACAAGACGGCCCUUGAGGCCGCUGACUCUGGCGAGAAGGCCCUCGGCAUCUUCUGCAAGGGCAACCUUCCCACCUGGCUCGACCGCAAUGUCUACACCAACAACCUCCAGGGCCUCAAGAACAGCCCUGCCGGUGGUGAUGGCGACGCCAAGGACCUGCCCGGUCUCAAGGAAAUGACCCUGAAGGCCAUUGACGUCCUUCACAACCGUGCCAGCGAGGAUGGUUUCUUCCUCAUGUCUGAGGCUGCCUCCAUCGACAAGCAGAUGCACGCUCUUGACUACGACCGCGCUCUUGGUGACCUUCUCGAGCUCGAUGAUACAGUCCGCGCCACGAUUGCCAAGCUGAAGGAGCUCGGCAUCCUCGACGAGACCCUGAUCGUGGUCUCUGCUGAUCACGGCCAUGGCUUCGACGUCUUUGGCGGUACCGAUACCAAGUACCUCGCCGAGCAGGAGGACUUCCGCUCCAAGCGCCGCGCCGUCGGCACCUACGCUCGCUCGGGCCAGUCGCAGUAUACCUCGCCCAACCCCAACGUUAGCUACAACACCGGCCCCAACUUCCCUCUGAACUGGACGCCUCGCUACGCCAUUGCCGCCGGUUUUGGCGCCAACCCCGACCGCCGCGAGAACUACCGCCUUCACGAGUCUCCCCGCAAGCCCACUGUGCCUCUGGCGCCCAACGACAACUACGUCAACCCCAAGGACGCCCCCGAUGGCUUCGUUGUCAACGGCACCAUCCCCGUCGACGAGGCUCAGGGCAUCCACUCGCUGACGGACGUCAUGGUGUACGCCAUGGGUCCCUGCCAGGAGACCUUUGGCGGGUCGUACGACAACACAGAUAUCUUCUACAAGAUGGCCAACUGCUUCGGCCUCGGUCAGCCCAGGGAUAGCAACAGCCCUUGCAAGAGGAAGCGCGCUAUCGAGUGA